AUGCGACCUGAUGAGUAUAAGCAAACAAAAUCACGAAAAUAUCAAUCUAAAAUACUCAAACGCGAGGGAAACGCGGAAGUAGUUAAAGAGAUUGAAGAAAAACGAAAAGAACGUAAAUCAAAUUCUCGUAGAGGAGGGUCAUUAAGAAAAAAAGAUAGUGAUGAUGACAGCGACAACGACGACAACGAUGCAGAAGGUUUUACAAAAGAUCAAAGUUUUCGAAGGCGUAAACUUGAAAGCAAUUCAUAUCGUUAUGAGUUACCAUCAGAAUCCGAAGAAACAAUGGAACUCUUGCAAAUGAUUAAUGAUGGUUCAGGUACACAUAUUGUCAAAGAAAAAGAAUGGGAAGAAUCAGGAGAUGAUAUGAAUCAAGCUUUAAUGAAUAUUCGUUUUGAUGACUUGGAAUUAUCACUAAGUAGUGUUAAUUUACAUGAAAGAUUAGAUUUAAAUGAUGAUAUUUUUAUUACGAAAUCAAAUAAUGAUGAUGAUCAGAAUUAUCUGUUAAAUAUCAAACAACCUAUUGUUCCAAAAACAUUAAAGGCGAAUAUAACAAAAACUUUACUAAGCAAAGAUGAAAAGAAUGACAAAAAUGUGAAAGAUGUCAAAAAUGGCAAAAUUGUGAAAGAUGUUAAAAAUGUGAAAGAUGUUAAAAAUGUAAAAGGUGUUAAAAAUGUGAAAGAUGUGUUGGGAGUCAUCAAGAAAUCCAAUAUAAUGAAUAAAGUAACUAAUAAAAGAGUAAUGAAUGAAGAAGUAAUGAAUAAAGCAACAAAUGAAAAAGUAGAAAAUAAAGCAACAAAUGCAAAAGUAACAAAUAAAGUAACAAAUGAAAAAGUAACAAAUAAAGCAACAAAUGAAGAAGUAAUGAAUAAAGUAACAAAUAAAGAAGUAACAAAUAAAGUAUCAACCACAAAACAAGAAUUAUUAUUAAAUAAUGUUAAUUCAAAAGGUAUAUUAUAA